UGAGGGGGCCAUCGUACAUUUUCAUUAUUCGUUCCAUAAUCUCAAGCGUCCUCAAUUUAGCUGAGGAGUUGAUCGGGAGACAAAGCGCGAGAAAGAGAGAGAGAGAGAGAGAGAGAGGGAGAGAGAUGGAGAACGGGUACCAUGAAAUCCCCGAGAACGCAAACGAGCAUUGUCCGGGGCCUCAGUCGGAGGCAGCGGGGAAAUCGGAUGAGUGCGCCGGGUGCCCUAAUCAGCAGAUAUGCGCCACUGCUCCAAAAGGCCCUGAUCCUGACUUGGUCGCGAUAGUGGAGCGAAUGGCUACCGUGAAGCACAAGAUACUGGUGCUAUCUGGCAAGGGUGGGGUUGGCAAGAGCACAUUCUCGGCCCAGCUCUCCUUUGCCCUCGCCGACACGGACUACCAGGUCGGCUUGCUCGACAUCGACAUAUGUGGUCCCAGCAUCCCCAAGAUGCUAGGACUCGAGGGCCAGGACAUCCACCAGAGCAACCUCGGCUGGUCCCCGGUCUACGUUGAGUCGAACCUCGGUGUCAUGUCCAUCGGGUUCAUGCUCCCUCACCCUGACGAGGCCGUCAUCUGGAGGGGCCCACGCAAAAAUGGGCUCAUCAAGCAGUUCUUGAAGGAUGUUGACUGGGGCGAGCUUGACUAUCUGGUCGUCGAUGCCCCUCCCGGCACCUCUGAUGAGCACAUCUCGAUCGUACAGUUCCUACAGGCAACAGGGAUAGACGGUGCGAUCAUCGUGACCACUCCGCAACAGGUGUCCUUGAUCGAUGUGCGUAAGGAGAUAAGCUUUUGCAAGAAAGUUGGCAUCAAGGUUCUGGGUGUCGUGGAAAAUAUGAGUGGAUUAAAGCAGCCACUUUCUGACCUUAGGUUUGUGAAAUUAGGUGAGGGUGGAGGUGAGAGCGAUGCAACCGAGUGGGCGUUGAAUUAUAUCAAGUCGAAUGCACCGGAGCUACUAAAUCUUGUUGCUUGUAGUGAGGUAUUUGACAGCAGUCAAGGGGGAGCCGAGAAGAUGUGUGGGGAAAUGGCCGUCCCAUUUCUUGGAAAAGUGCCGAUGGAUCCGCAGCUUUGCCGAGCAGCCGAGGAAGGGAGGUCGUGUUUCGCGGAUCAAAAGUGCAGUGUGAGCGCGCCGGCACUGAAAAACAUCAUAGAGAAGCUUCUUCACUCACAGUGAAUCAUGAAUACUGAGAACGUUUGAGCCUGUUUUACCUCUUUAUCUUUUUUAUUAUUUUCCUCUUUAAAUCAUGUUGCUUGUGUGAGAAAGUUUUGUAGAUGUUAUACAUUUUGGUUCUGUGUGAUGGAUGAACUAGUUGCAGGGGAAUGAAAAUCACAAUCCGCAUUUCUGUACUCGUGCGUCACUGUAGAGCUCUUGUUAUUCUCCUAACUUAGUAUUGUGGAUCUAAGUUGUAUAGAUUAUUAGUGUACU